GAUGCCCCGCGCGGAACGGCGAUGGGGUCGCGGCGCCUGACGGCGCGGGAGCUGUGCGAGAUCGAUGACCUGGCCACCAGCCUGGUGCUGGACUCCGUGCUGGGCUUCCGCACCCACAAGAUGGGCGUCAGGUGGGCGGGGGACGCGUCGGGGGUCCCAGAGUGCCCUGUUCCUAGAGAGGAGGGGUCCCCCAGUGCCCUAGCCGCCAGUAGCAGGGAGUUUCCGGGUGCUUCAUUCCUAAAGGGGGGGCCCCCCAUGUGCCCUGCUCUUUAGUAGAGCAGUACCCGGAGCGCGCCGCGUCCUAACGCGGGGUCCCCCAAAUGCCCUGUUCCUUAAGGGGAGAGUCCCCCAGCGCGCCGUUCCUAAACGGGAGGUACCCAGUGCCCCCACAGUGCCUUAUUCCUAAAGGGGGGAACCUCAUGCUGCCCUAUUCCUAAAGUGGGCGCGCCCCCCCGCUGCUCCAUUUCUUAAGGGGAUCCCCCAGUGCACCCCAUUCUUUUGUAGGAGGAGGUCCCCUCAGUGCGCCUCAUUCUUCAAGGGAGCGUCCCCAUGCACCCUAUUCCUAAGGGGUGGGGAUCCCGAAGUGCCCCAUUCUUUAGUAGGGGGUACCCCACUGCCAUGUUCCCAUCGGGCGGGGGAGGAGGGGGGAUCCCCAUAGUGCCCUGUUUCUUAAGAAGAGAGAUCCCCGCAGCGCCCCGUUCUUCAGGGGAAGAAUCCUCAACGGGGGUGGGGGGGCCUAGCAGCGAGGGCUCCCAAAGCCAUUCCCGUUGCUGCCGCCGCAGCCCCCUCCCCGCGCUGCGGCGGAAGCACCUCCUGCGGGCAGCGGUGGAAGGCUUCCGGCGGCGGCGGGACCUGGAGGCGGCGUGGCGGGCGCUGAGCGGGGCCUGGGCCGCGGCCUUCUUCCAGCGGCGGCGCCCGCUGCAACGCGCCGCGCUCAAGAGUCACGUUUUCCACUACCUGCGCAUCUUUCUGCCCGAGAGCGGCUUUGCCAUCCAGCCCUGCAGCCGCUACUCACUGGAGACCAACGGCGCCCGUGUUGUCUCCACUCGCACCUGGCAGAAGAACGAUACACUGGAGCUGCUGGUGGGCUGCAUUGCCGAACUGCGGGCUCACGAUGAGGCGCUUCUGCGCUCAGGGGAAAACGACUUCAGCAUCAUGUACUCCACCCGCAAGCAGUGUGCCCAGCUCUGGCUGGGCCCUGCUGCCUUCAUCAACCACGACUGCCGGCCCAACUGCAAGUUUGUGCCAGCAGAGGGGAAUGUGGCACGGGUGCAGGUGCUGCGGGACAUCGCACCGCAGGACGAGAUCACCUGCUUCUAUGGGGACAGCUUCUUUGGGGACAACAACGAGCGCUGCGAGUGCUGCACCUGCGAGAGGAAGGGUGAAGGCGCCUUCCGGAAGCGCAGUGGGGGGGCUCAGGCGGUGCCCCCCCCGUCACCCCCCAAGUACCUCCUGAGGGAGACGGACAGACGCCUGCGCUGCGCCAAGGGUCCGGGGGGGGCACGGGGCCACCCCCACCGACAGCACCGCCGUCGCCGCCGCCGCCGGCUUCGUGGCACCAGCCGCCCCCCAGCCCCGCGCCCCCCCCAGCUCCGCGUUGUCCUCCACGACUGCAUCUCUUGCGGGGAGGGCUGCCGCAUGCAGGGGAGGGAGCCUCUCGUCUGCCUGUGCCGCCAGCCCCCCGCGGCACCCCUCCCAGAGCCCCCCCCACCCCAGCCCGCCGCCGCCGCCCCCACCACCACCACUGUGCUCCCCACUUUGGAAGAUCCCAAGCUCUCCCUUUACGCCCACGUGCGGCUGGGGCCUGCUGGGGGGAGCUCCAGGGGGGGCCCGGCCAUGAUAUCCCCCCAGAAGCACCCGGGGGCGUUUGGGGCCACUGGGCGGCUGCGCCUCGUGGUCACCCACGGCGCCAUCGCCCUCGACGUGGCCCCCGGUGUCCUCCCCUCAAUUUAACUGGGGGGAGGAGGCACCCAACACCUACCUCACCCUGGGGGCAGAUCCCUUGGUGCUGGGGGGGGGGGGGCUCGAGUGGAAA